AACAACAACAACAACAACAACAACAACGACCACCACCACCACCACUUCUACGACCACGACGACGACGACAACAACAACAACAGGCUUUUCCUUGUCGCCUGCUUUGAGCUCUGUCGGCGCUGAUCAGUCAUCCCCCUUGACGUCCACCGCGUCUUCAUCCACAUCAGAGGUGGUGAUCACCGACACGGCUGGCGGGCUCCUUGUGGAACUGAUGCUGCCACUGACUGCUGCUGUCGCCGGCCUUGUAAUUAUUCUCGCUGUUUUCGUUGCCGUCCUGUCGUUCCGCAAAGGCCGCGUAUCGCCUUUUGCCCGAGACCACCAGCUGCCAAUCUAGACUGUUUCGCCUUGCUGCUUGUCCCUCUCCCUUUCCGCCAUCUGUCCCACAACAGCCACAAGCACUGCGACCACAACAGCAACGACAACAGCUACCACUACGGCGACCACCACUGCUACCACAACAGCCACAACCACAACCUGCACAUCCACGUGCGUGGACAGGCCCAAGCCAUGCUCGCAGCUGUAUAGCCCGCAGGAGUGUCAGGCGGAGGCUGCAUGCGAAUGGGAUUACACCAGCACCUGCGUCGAGGUGGACAUGGGCUGUAGCAACAGACCGGUUGACUCAUGUGUGUAUUAUGAACACUGCAUGGUGGUUGAGGACUGCCCCACAACGACAACCACCACCACCACCACCAUGACGACGACCACCACGACCACCACCACGACCACCACGACGACGGCGGCGUGCGAGGCAGCUGGCAGGUGUGAGCCCACCUAUCCCGUGUCGUGCGACUACGCGUAUCAGGCGCAGUGUGAGGCACACGACGGCUGUGUUUGGGACUACACUGGCUUCUGCCGCCCUGAACCCCACCACUGCUCCUACAUCACGGACGAGGCAGCGUGCGCGUACAACUCGGAAUGCACGUGGACGGAGGAGUGUGCAGGCUCUACAACUGCGUACACGCCAAGCAGCCCGUCAUCGCCAACACCGCCACGCCCUUACACACGAUCAACGACAACAAGCAAGACGCCACCGCCAACGCCCGCAUACACGACAACUCAUCGGCCGCCAACCACGACAACCACGCGCCCAUACAGGCCCCCAACGACGACGACAAACGCUUAUGCUACCAAGCCUCGGUACCCGUCCCCGCCACGCACCACGGUUGACCACGGCGACUUCUUCGGCAAGCCCGUCACCACGCCGCGCACGCGGACGACAACAACAAUGCUGGCAAGCACCACCACGUCGGGGGAUGGGCGUGGUGGUGGCCAGGGCGGCCCCUCUGCUUCGUCGUCGAGCAGUGCUCUCUCCGGCGGCGCAGUUGCCGGCAUCGUCGUUGGCGUCCUGGUCGUCGUUGUCGCUGCUGUGGUCGCGCUUGUUGUCGUUCGCAAGACAAAGGCGCGUCAGCAAUCCAGUAGUGGCAGUGAUGGUGUGCAAACUGUUUGAGCACGAUGAUGUGGUACUGUGACAGUAUGAUGCGAUGUGAUCUCGGAGUCAACGCUUCUUCCGUCAUGUUUGAUAGGUUUAUUCGUUUUCAGCCACGAGUACACAAACGAAAAGUAAACAAACGAAAUGAAAAUGAUACACAGCGAAUGCGCGUUGUUCACAC